AUGGAUGGAGUUACUGAGGGCCUCCGGUAUCCCGACAUCCAGACCAUCCGGGACGCAAUCCCCGCGCACUGCUUCGUCCCAUCAACAUGGCGCUCGCUGGGCUAUGUCGCCCGCGACGUGGCCAUGACGGUGGGCCUCGGCUGGGCGGCGAUGACCUACAUCCCGCAGAUCGACUCUUUGGCCUGGCGCACGGCCGCGUGGAUCGUGUACGGGUACGUCCAGGGACUGGUAUGCACGGGGAUCUGGAUUCUGGCACAUGAGGCCGGACACGGGGCCUUCUCGGUUCACCGCCGACUGAACGACGCCGUCGGGUGGACGCUGCAUUCAGCGCUGCUGGUGCCCUACUUCAGCUGGAAGUUCUCGCACCACCGCCACCACCGCUUCACGGGCCACAUGGAGAAGGACAUGGCCUUUGUCCCUGCCACCAAGGCCGACCGCGAGAAGCGCCGCCUGGUCGAUCUGUACCUCGACCGCGAGCUGUUUGAGGACGUCCCUCUCGUGCAGCUCGUCAAGCUGCUGGCGCAUCAGCUCGCCGCCUGGCAGAUGUACCUGCUCUUCAAUAUCUCGGCCGGCAGAGGCAGCCAGCAGCGCAAAGCCAGCUGGUGGCGCCUCAGCCACUUUGAGCCCACCAGCGCCGUCUUCCGCCCGAGCGAGGCCUUUUAUAUCGCCCUGUCAGACCUGGGGCUCGCCAUCGUAGGCGGCCUUCUGUACCUUGCGUCGACCGUUGUGGGCUGGAAGACCGUGUUCUUACUGUAUGGCGUGCCGUACUUUUGGGUUCACCAUUGGUUGGUCGCCAUCACCUAUCUGCACCACACGCACCCGGAGGUCCAUCACUUUGAAGCUGAGAGUUGGUCUUUCGUUAAAGGCGCCCUGGCCACCGUAGACCGCGACUUUGGCUUCGUAGGCCGUCACCUCUUCCAUGGCAUCAUCGACACCCACGUUGUCCAUCAUCUUUUCCCGAGAAUUCCGUUCUAUUACGCCGAGGAGGCCACCGAAGCCAUCAAACCGCUGCUGGGGGAUUUGUACCAUCGGGAUGACCGGUCCUUCAUGGGCCAGCUGUGGUCGACUUUCACAAAGUGCAAGUAUGUUGAGGCGGACCCUGCAGUGCCUGGUGCACUGAAGUGGGCCAAGAGCAAGUAA